AUGACCAUCUCAAAAAUAAAAUCAAAAAUCAGAUCAGAGCAGAGGCUCUUGAAUAAAUCAAUAAACGAGGAAACUAAACAGUCGGUUACUAGAAAGCUAGACGGUUUGCGUUAUGAUCUUCAGAAAGCUACACAAUCUGAGAAAGAGCGGAAAUUUUCACAAAAGUACCAUAAAAUUAAAUUUUUUGAGAAACGUAAACUAGUUAGAAUAAUAAACAAGUUAAAGAAGGAGGGUAAAGAGAAAGAAUUGUUUAAACAGCGACUUAACCUUAAUUAUAUUAUCCAUUACCCGAAGACUAUCAAAUACAUCUCUAUUCUCAAUACACCCUCUAAGGCAGAGGACAGAGAACAAAGGGACAAUCAAUUAGCCACUCUAUCCGAGAAGAUGUUGAAUAACCAAAUAGACGCAGAGCCUGAAUUAGUCAUUUUUAAAUCUAACAUUACGUCAUCUAGACCUCCAGUAGAAGCCCAAGAAAUCGGUUCAGAUAACCCAGGAGAUCUCGAGAACGGCGAGGAUAACGUCGAUAAUAUAUCAAACGAUGACUUCUUCGAAUAAUUUAUUUUGUAUUAUAUUUAUUUAUUUU